GAGAAAAGUGGUAAGCAGUGAUGCCACGGCUCUUUCCUAAAAGUCGGUUAGGUUCGUUUAUUUGUAUAAUAAAUAUAAGGUCCAAAAUAAACAGCAUAUUCCCAGAAAAAAAAAGUUCUCAUAUUUGAUUUGGCUUAAUCAAACAAUUUCAGCUCAAACAUCAGGUAUGGCGGAAGUAUCCGGGAUGUUUACGGUGCAACAAACGAUAGGAAGUGUGUUGUGCUGCAAAUGUGGAAUUUCGAUGCAGCCAAAUGCUGCGAAUAUGUGUGCUAAAUGUUUGCGAUCCGAAGUUGAUAUAACAGAAGGUUUACAGAAACAUGUAGUGAUUGUUCACUGCCCCGAAUGUGAUAGCUAUUUGCAGCCUCCAAAGAGUUGGAUCAAAGCACAGCUCGAAUCGAAGGAGUUACUCACUUUCUGUAUCAAGAGGUUGAAGAAUUUGAACAAAGUUAAGUUGGUGCAUGCCGAGUUUAUUUGGACCGAACCUCAUUCGAAAAGGAUCAAAGUUAGGCUUAAAGUCCAAAAAGAGGUACUAAAUGGAGCGGUUCUUGAACAAUCGUACAUCGUUGAGUAUGUUGUUCAAGAUCAAAUGUGUGAGUUGUGUUCGAAGUUGCAAGUUAACCCUGAUCAAUGGGUGGCUGCAGUGCAACUUAGACAGCAUGUUUCUCACCGAAGAACGUUCUUCUAUUUGGAGCAGCUGAUACUAAAGCACGAUGCCGCUAAUCGCGCUAUAAAGAUUCAACAGUUGGAUCAGGGAAUUGAUUUCUUCUUUGGCCAUAGAAGUCAUGCGUUGAAGUUUGUGGACUUUGUCAGUAGGGUGGUACUCGUUAGGACUCGAAACGACAAGCAACUUGUGUCUCAUGAUCAUAAGAGCAAUACCGUCAGUUAUAAGUACACGUUCUCUGUAGAAAUCAGUCCGGUUUGUCGUGAGGAUCUGAUAUGUCUUCCUCCAAAGGUGGCAGCAAGUUUAGGAAAUAUUGGUCCUCUAGUGAUCUGCACGAAAGUAAGCAACAGUAUCGCUCUAUUAGAUCCGUUUACGCUGAGGCAUUGUUACCUGGAUGCUGAUCAGUACUGGAGGGCAUCGUUUAAGCCUCUACUGUCAAGUAGACAGCUCGUCGAGUAUGUGGUUUUAGACGUUGAUGUGGUUUCUGAAGAAGUUAGUAUUGGGGGAUAUGUUUUAGCUGAUAUCCAAGUUGCUCGUGUAUCUGAUUUCGGGAAAAAUGACACAAUAUUCUCCAUAAGAACGCAUCUAGGCCAUCUGCUAGAAUCUGGAGACUAUGCCCUCGGUUAUGAUUUAUAUGGAACCAAUAGUAACGAUAGCGAGCUUGAAAAAUACAAAGGUCUUGUCCUUCCAGAGGUGAUAUUGAUUAAGAAAAGCUACGAAGAGAAACGCCAAAAGAAACAUGGGAAGCGUAGGUCUUGGAAGCUUAAGUCACUCAAUAAGGAAGUCGAUAACUCUGGAAAGGGAAGAGAUCAAGAACAAAAGAUGAACUCGGAGUACGAAGAAUUCUUGAGAGAUUUGGAGGAGAAUCCUGAUCUGAGGUUCAACGUAUCAUUGUAUCGUGAUAAAGAAUAUCAACGAUCAGAAACUACUUCUGUUGCUGAUGGAGAAGAUGUUCCUUCAAUUCCUUUGGAUGAAUUACUUGCUGAUGUCGAUCUGAGUGAUAUUCGUGCUGAAGAAGAUGACUAAGGGAGUGAACUGGAGACUCGUGAAUUGGAACCGGAACUUGGAAGUUUGCCUCUAAAACUUCUCCUGAUGAUGUUGUCCAACUCUAGGUUAAUUACCGUCUUUAACGCCUCAAGCAAAUCCUUGAUUAUGGUGUCAAACAUAUUUUGAAGUGGGGGCUUGCUACAACCUGUUACAGGAAGCCGUUUCUUCAUAGCAGAUGCCGCUGAUUGCAACAAUAAUGGCAUUGCUACAGAAGGGAAAAGAAUGCAAUUUAGAGAACAUCAGAUAAAGCUCCGGAAUGCCUGAAAGGAAUGAUUUGACGCAUCCGCUUUUCUCAUAUAUUUACCAGAAAUGGCAGCUGUUCUCACUCCUCCGCUGAAUUUAGAGGUAAAGUUUCAAGACAUCUGAACUGCAAUUGUGGCUGUACAACAGAAGUGCUGAGGUUGCUUGUGUCUAUUAAAAGAGAUGAUAUUAGUAUGUGUUAGUAUGUACUUGCAAGUUAAGAAUUCAGAGAACAAAGCGUCGAUACAUUAGCCAAAUGACUAUCGGUCAAUGGUAGAGUUCAAUAACCUAGCUUUCUGCAUAUUUUAAGUACCUGCAACCUAGGAUUGUCGAAAUCAUCCAGUACUUGUAUCAAAGCUGGAAGUAGCUGCUGAUGAUAUUGCUCUUGAAAA